UGGUUGGGUUAGUUUGAAAAAUGUUGCGACUGGGACAAGUCUUGCGAUUGGGUGCAGUGCAACAGCAGUUGCAACGCUGCCUGGCUACAGUUGCCUCCACUGCUUCCGGGGAUGCGCUGCCGGAUCGCUGUGAUGUCCUCAUCAUUGGAGGAGGUGGCAUGGGCGCAUCCUCUGCAUAUUGGCUCAAGAGCAAGACGCAGAAACAGAAGCUCAGUGUGUUGGUUGUAGAGCGGGAUGCGUGUUAUACGACUGCGUCCACUGUGCUGUCGGUGGGUGGAGUGCGUCAACAGUUUUCGCUGGCGGAGAACAUACAAAUGUCACUGUUUGGCUACGAUUUCAUUUCGAAUUGUCGCAACUAUUUGGGGGAUGUGGAUUUGAACUUGCAGUCCCAUGGUUAUCUCAUUCUGGCCAGUUGCAAAGGCGCUGAGAUUCUGAGCCGCAACUCCAAGCUGCAGAAUGAACUGGGCGCCAGCAAUGAGCUGCUCAGUCCAGAGGCAAUGCGCAGUCGCUUUCCCUGGCUGUCUACGGAGGACAUCAGUCUGGGCUGUUAUGGCACGGAUAAGGAGGGUUGGUUCGAUCCCUGGGCUCUGCUCAUGGGCUUCAAGAAGCAGGCGCGAGCCUAUGGAGCACAGUUUGCCAAUGGUGAGGUGACUGGCUUCGAGUGGAAUUCAGCUGGUGAGCUCUCUGGUGCCGUUGUCUCCUCUGGCGAUGGCAAUCAGCGCACAGUUCGCUUCGAUACUUGUGUGCUGGCUGCUGGUGCACAUUCCGGGCAGGUGGCACGUCUGGCCAAGAUUGGAACUGGGCAGGAUUUGCUGAGUGUGCCGCUUCCGGUGGAGCCGCGCAAGCGUUAUGUGUACGUGAUUAAUACACAGGGCCGGAAUUGUCCUGGACUUGCAACUCCACUCACCAUCGACCCCAAUGGCACGUACUUCCGACGCGAUGGUCUGGGCGGCAAUUUCCUGUGCGGUCGAAGUCCCUCGGAUGAUGAGGAGCCGGAGUGUGACACGCUGGACGUGGAUCAUGGUUACUUCGAGUCAAAUGUUUGGCCCACUUUGGCCAGCCGUGUGCCCGCCUUUGAGUCGGUUAAGGUGCAAAGCAGCUGGGCUGGUUACUACGACCACAAUUGCUUCGAUGCCAAUGGUGUAAUUGGUCAACAUCCGCACUACAAGAAUCUGUACAUAGCUGCCGGUUUCAGCGGACAUGGCAUCCAGCAAACGCCUGCUGUGGGACGUGCCAUCUCAGAGCUGAUUCUGGAGGGUAAAUACAAGACCUUGGAUCUGAGUCGCUUGGGAUUCGAGCGUCUGGUGGUGCAACAACCCAUGCUGGAGGUGAAUAUUGUCUAAAAGAUGAGCUUGACAUGCUCUUUCCAUUUAUUGUUAUCUUUCUUCUUGUAUAUAUAGUUUUCUUGAAAGUAAAAUUCACCUAUUAGUUUGUCGUAA